AUGUCUAGAAGCAGGAACCAGCUGAUCUUACUACUAGGAUUUAUUUUUUGGGAACAAGACAAAUCUGAAGCUCUUUCUCUUCCCAAAGCUCCUAAUUGUGGUCAGAGUCUGGAUAAAACACAGCCUUGGAAUUACUAUAACCUUUUCAGUCGCAUUGUUGGAGGAAGCCAAGUGGAGAAGGGUUCCUAUCCCUGGCAGGUAUCUCUGAAACAAAGGCACAAACACAUCUGUGGAGGAACCAUCAUCUCUCCACAGUGGGUAGUCACAGCUGCUCACUGCAUUGCACACAGAAGCAUCAUAUCAACUCUAAAUGUGACUGCCGGAGAAUAUGACUUGAGUCAGACAGAUCCCGGAGAGCAAACCUUGGCCAUUGCAACCGCCAUCAUUCACCCACAGUUCUCCAUCAGGAAACCAAUGGACUAUGAUAUAGCUCUUCUGAAAAUGGCUGGAACCUUCCAAUUUGGCCAGUUUGUGGGGCCCAUGUGUCUUCCGGAGCCAGGGGAGAAAUUUAAGGCUGGAUUUACUUGUACAACUACAGGCUGGGGUCGCUUGACAGAAGGUGGCAAUUUCCCACAAGUCUUGCAUGAGGUAAACUUGACGAUCUUGCCCCAGAAGGAGUGCACCGCUGCUCUGCUGACCCUGCAGAAGCCCAUUACGGGCAACACCUUCCUCUGCACGGGCUCUCCGGAUGGAGGGCGAGACGCGUGUCAGGGAGACUCUGGAGGUUCACUCGUGUGUCCGAAUAAGAAAGGAACCUGGACUCUGGUCGGUGUGACUUCUUGGGGUUUGGGCUGUGGUCGAAACUGGAGAAAUAAUAGACGGAAAAAAAGGCAGGGGUCCCCAGGGAUCUUCACAGACCUCAGGAAAGUGCUCCCCUGGGUCUAUGAGUACGUGUGA